AUGGCGUUUCGAGGCGAACGUUUUAUGGUGGAUUUGGAUGAUGACACAAUCACGAUUCCCAGUGACCCUGCCCCGUCUCCCUUCUCAUUAAUCGGAGAGAUCAAGGAACGAGCACCCACCGCAGCCACACCAUCCGCUCCAGCACCACCCUCGGCCACAUCAUCCACCGGCUUUCCCGCGCAUCGUCGGCGCACCAAGACUCCCUCUUUCAAGGAACGUCGAUCGGGCCAAAAGACGACCGCACAGGCGGAUGUACUCGCGACGAACCCGACUCCCACGAUACAAGAUGAGAAGCGUUCUAUUGGGGAAGAGAACAGCCGUCAUUUGGCUUCCAUGUCCGAAGCGCAAAUUCAAAAAGAGCGGGAGGAGCUGAUGGCAUCAAUGGACCCUGGCCUGCUGGAGCGGUUCCUACGCCGAGCUCGUAUCGACGAUGAAGAAAACACCGCCACGAGACCAUCCCCCGUGGCACCAACGCCGAAGGAUUCUCCUUCACUCACGGCCAAGCCCGUGCCAAACCCUUCCCUAGGGAAGCCCAAGAAAUCCGUCACUUUCGACACGCCUCCCCCACCACCAUCGGGACAACAGAAGGGCGAGCAGACGGUCCCUCGAACCCCCAACUCUUUGCCAAGAGUACCCGCCAACGACGACCGUCAGCCUGUUCAACCUCCCAAAGACCUCCGACCCGCAUCAGAAAAACCUCCCAUCAUGGACCCCGCCGUCAUUGAAACCUUCCACUUCCCUCGUCCCAAACAGCCGAUGCCAGUCCUCGACCCCUCAUCGCCCGAUUUCCUCACAGACCUCCAGUCUCACUACUUCCCCGAAAUGGCCACAGACCCAGCCGCUCUCUCCUGGUUACGUCCCCCGUCCAGCGACCCCGAAGAUCCAGAAUCCACCUCCCCAUACCACCCCGCCAGCAGCGCGACAUCCAUGAGUCCCUCCGAGAUCCGAUUCUCCCUACGAGGCACCAUCCUCGGACCUACAACGUCCCUAUCCCUACCCACCACUCUCGGGCUACACCACCAUGGCGACGACCCCCAAGCAGCAGGGUACACCAUUCCAGAGCUGGCGAUUCUCUCGCGGUCAACGUUCGCGGCUCAGCGCUGCAUAGCCUGGCAAGUCCUAGGCCGAAUUCUGUUCCGCCUCGGCAAGGGCGAGUUCGGCGAACGCGGAGGACAAUUAUCGGAAGGGCUGUGGUUCGUCAUUGAGAAAGAGGGUGUGGUCGGCGGGAUGUUGGCCGAAGCAGAGGGUGUGAGUGGGCAAGAGAGAGUGCGCGGGGGUCCAAAGCUCGGGUCUGAAAAGGAGACGGAUCAAGAGAACCCAGAGGGUCGUCCUGUUUUGCCUGUUGCGUCUGGAAUUGGACGCCAUGCUAGUGCUGCGGCUUGGGCGAUGGAAGGUGUCUGGUUGUGGCAGAGAGGAGGUGGUGGAGAUCGAGGAUUCUUGAAACCAGGUCAAACGCGGCCGCGUUAA